AUGGCAUAUAUCAAGUCACCGCGCAGGACCACUACGAUUGUUCAUCGACGCGCUCGAUCUUUGGACUGGGGGAAGUUGCAAGGGGGCUGCGGGCGGGCUUGGGAAACUCUAUCUGAUGCCGCUGUAGCGAGUGUCAAUCACGCGUUCGAGGGAAAGGACGUAGGAGAGAUGAUGGAUUCGAUUCAAUCGAAGCUUCCGAAUUUCUCGUUGCCGACAACCCGCCAAUUUGAGACGACUAUUGACAAUCUUAGCGACAGGAUCGGCUUCUUGCUCGAUAGGUUCCCCGCCAAGACAGACCUCGCGGGGACAGAUCUUGAAGGCGCCCAGUGGCAGUUUGCUUGGGAAAUGAGCAAGAAGGCUCGUAAGGCCUUUGUAACCCAGGGAAUCUGCCGGAGGUGGCAAACUAUGCCAACUCGUGAUAAUUUGAACUGGCAGACCAAGCUCAACCAGUGUCUGGCGAAUACAUACGCUCAACUCCGCGCUGACUAUACAGCCGGAGUAUUAUGUCGCAUGAAGCCUGUCUGGAGUGGAGACCAUAGAAGGAACAUUUGGCGCCUGGUGCUGGAAACUGGGAUGAGGGAGAUCGUGGUUCACGGGAACAACGUUGUAGAGGCUGCUGAGUACUUGGAGACCGGUUUCGAAAUCCCAGGACAGGGUGGUUGGACUUCUAUUCACGACUUUACCCUAGGAACGGUCGGGUUUGAGAAUGGAGAAUGGGAGAUGAUUAGUGAAGCUGGGCUUGUUGCAGGCAAAUAUGCGAUAUCAAAAUCUAUAUGA